AUGGGCAGAAGUCUUGAAAACCGCAACGCCAUUGUGACCGGGGCUUCUCGUGGUAUCGGUGCUGCUAUUGCAUACAAGCUAGCACAGAACGGUGCCAACGUUGUGAUUACCUACGCUUCUUCCGCAGGAAAAGCUGAAGACCUUGCCAGUAAGAUCAUUGAAGAGUUCAAUGUCAAGGCGUACGCCAUCAAGUCAGAUGCUGGCAAGUAUGAUGCAGCAGAAACUUUAGUUGCCGAAGUCACAAAAGUUUUCAAGACCGUUGAUAUCUUGGUCAACAAUGUGGGCAUUGAUGACGAUUGUUUGGUAGCCGAUUUGGAUGCCGAAAGGUUUCACAGGAUGCUGCAAGUAAAUACAGUCUAUCCAGUGUUGCUGGUAAAGCACUGCUUGCCAUACUUCGGUACCAAACCAAGAGUCAUCAACACCUCGAGUGUUUCGGCUAGACAGGUUUGUGAGUAUGCAAGUGCUUACUGCGCAUCCAAGGCUGCUCUGGAAUCCGUGACCAAGACCAUUGCUCUUGAAUUGGGCCAAAAGCACGACUUGACUUGUAACGCUCUCUCUGUUGGUACGACUGCUACAGACAUGUGGUACAGAUCUGAUCCGUCUAUCCUGGAAACCUACGAGCCAAUGAUCAAAGCGACGCCUGCCGCAUCAAGAAUUGGAGAACCACAGGAUAUUGCAGAUAUUGCGGUGUUUUUAUCCGGAGAGACUUCAAGAUGGGUGACUGGAUCCACCAUCUGCGCAAACGGCGGUAUGGUGUUCAUUUGA